AUGUCAUCGGCCACGGACAAGUUGAAGAAGGCAGCCGAUGACUCGGUUCAACCUGUAUCAUCGCCGGCGAGCAAACGCAACGCCUUCUCCGAGCUCAUGUCUCCCAGACCCAAACAGCCGAAACCGUCAGUGUCCAAGCCCGGCAUGGGGGGCGGACUGCUUCCAUAUAUCCUCGAACCCUCCAAGUUCCCUUCCCACACGGUCAUCCAGUACAACGACCGGAUAGUUCUGAUUCAAGAUGCGUUUCCCAAAGCCACCGUCCAUCUACUUCUUCUCCCGCGAGACUCGAGCAAAUGGCAUCUGAACCCGCGGGAUGCGUUUGACGACCCAGAGUUUCUGGAGAUGGUCCGAAGCGAGGCGGCAGCAGCUGUCAAACUGGCAGCAUCGGAGCUGUCCCGGCUGAUCAGUCCCUACUCGGAAUCUUGUCAAGCGCGUAUCGCGGCCAUGGAGAGUGAUGAUCCUCCAGAGACUCUGCCCGCUGGCCGCGAUUUCACCAAGGAGUUCAAGGUGGGAAUCCAUGCUCAUCCCUCCAUGAGCCAUCUACAUGUGCAUAUCAUCAGUCGAGAUAUGCAUUCGGACCGGCUGAAGCACCAGAAGCACUACAACAGCUUCAACACGGAUUUCUUUAUUCCUUUAGAGGACUUUCCGCUGGCCAAGGACGACAUCCGACGGAAGACAAGCUAUCAGAACGCCAACCUCAAGCGGGACUACAAAUGCUGGCGCUGUGGUAAGAUGUUUGGAAAUAAGUUCAAACAGCUCAAAGAGCACCUGGAUCACGAGUUUGGGGCGUGGAAGAGAGAGUGA